CCUGCACGUUGCCCUAGCCACUGCCCCCGCGUAGCGGUUUAGUUCACCCCCACCUCGCGUGCACCCCUCUUCCUCUAUUCCUCUCUUUCUCACCACUCUCUUCAUGUACUCUUCUCGUUCCCGCUGUGCCACCGGGGAAACCCCUGCGUCCGCUCCUUGCGCGCUGUUCGCGAGCGGGGUAGUUUUCGUACGACGCGCCCUCCCGUCGAGUCGCUGAAGGUGAGAACGAGACGGAAGGAAAGGGCGAGGGAGAGGGCGACACACACGAAUCGCGCUGCAACCCGGUGCACAUCUGCUGCAACCGUGUGUGACAGAUGGGACGAGUGCGAAAGUGCGAGCGAACGAUGGAAUUAAAGAGACGCGAUCCGUUUACCACCGCGGCGACGGCGGCGGCGACGGUGGCGAGCCACCACCUCGGGAAUUAGCCGCGGAAGUAGUUGCGCGAGGCGUCAGCGGCUUCUCCGUGCUGUCCCGGCUGCUCCUUCGGAGGGACGAGAGCGUGCGGGAGUGCGACGAGCUAAUCCGCGAUAAGGGAAGAGAAAGAGAGAGAGAGAACUAUUGCUCUCUAUGAGGACCUCUAUUCUCGCAGUGUCCUCUCGCCGCGACGUCACUCGGCUGAUCCGAUGAUCCGUGUGGAUUUCGCAGGCGAGCUCCCAGAGACAGCUCUAUCCCGCUCAACGUACUGCUCCAUGUCGAAAAGCCGAUUGCUCCAACGCUCGCGCACAAAAAGACACCCCUAAAGCGCGUGCCGUAUUUUCCGUUCCCGUUGUAGGCUUCGAUCCGCAUAUAAAUGGAAUCCACUCUGUCGGCUAGACUGUACGUAGAAGUCGGGAGUUCUUCGAUAAAGAGAGACGGCAAAAAGCAGCCAUGAAUUUCAAUGCACCUUCGUACCACGGGAAUCAGGACGCGUCGGUUCGCUAAAAAAUGCUGCCUCGUUCUACGCGGAGAAGACGCAGAAGAGACGUUAUCGAGAAGAAUGACUGUAAACAGCUUUAGCAGUGAGUAAAUAAGCACAGACACACAUACAUAUCGGAUCACGGAGGAGAAAAAGAUUCGGAAUAUACGUCACACACGGUUGUUGUUGUUGCGAAACAACAGCGUGGAGAUAACGAGCGCGAUAUUUACCGAGGCGUACGCGAGCGCGACGAGUUACCAAGAAGACGAGAAGCAACGUUAAGAUACGCGAAUGCCGGAUAGAAAGGUCGAUCGGGUGAGGAGCCACGUGGACCACGCGUUUCCCACGCUAUAUUCGAGGGCUAUACGUCGCCGACGUAUACGAGCGAACACGCGGCAGCUUAAUGGAGCGGUCUAUACCGCGGAGGAAUGGUGCUUGACGAACAAUACUCCUGCUCUCCUGUCGACGAGAAUCAUAGCGUAUCGAAUCGUCGAGGAAUAAACUCAAGUGGCUAGAGAGAUGACGACGGCCGGCGGAAGACUCGCGCGCGAUUCGCGCCUUUAAGUCGAUAACACUUCGGCAUCGCGCUUGUCAUCGCUCCAGCAUCAUGGGGAAUGGCAUGAACAAGGUGCUGCCUGGUCUUUACGUAGGUAAUUAUCAGGACAGCAAGGACGCCGAUCAGCUGGAGCGUUUCGAGAUUACGCACAUUCUGGCCAUCCACGACACGGCCCGUCGUUUGCAUUCGGACAAACAUUACUUGUGCAUCUUGGCCGCCGACAGUCCCGAUCAGAAUUUGUCGCAGUACUUCUCCCUGUGCAACGACUUCAUUCACGCCGCCCGCCUUCGCGGCGGAAAUGUUCUGAUUCAUUGUCUGGCGGGGAUGUCGAGGAGCGUGACGGUGGCGGUGGCCUACAUCAUGAGCACCACCAAUCUCUCCUGGAAGGAGGCGCUCAAAGUCGUCAGGGUGGGUCGUUCUAUCGCGAACCCGAACGUCGGUUUUCAACAACAGCUCAAAGACUUCGAGUCCAGCCGCUUACAGGAGGAGCGCCGCAGAUUGAAAGAACGAUUCCCCAGCCUCGCCCUGUCGGAGGCCGACGCCGAGACAUGCCAGUCCACCCUGAGGAAUUACGAGACGCUUGCAUUGGCGAAGGAGGUGUGCGAAGGCAAAUGCGCGAUGGGACGCACCUGUCCGACCGGUCUUUGCCGACAGGCUUCCAAGAGGAGUCCGAGAAGGAAGUCGUCUACCAGUAGCCUCGGAAGCGCGUCGUCCGGUAGAACACCCCCGCAAACACCCAGACUACUACCGUCCGCGCCACCCUCACCAGCCUUGCACAGAUCGGCGAGCGUGGUGUCGGCGACGUCGAGGCCGAGAAGCGGGCCCGCGGGCUUACAUUCUUACACCGGCGGGUCCGCUCCACCUUCCAGAGCCGUGUCGAGGGUGGACCUCUCGGCGGCGGUCGCCUGCAGCAGCAGCAACGCCAACCUUUCCGCCGUGGGCAGGUCGAGUGCGUUCUCCAGCAGCAACUGGCGACUGACAGCCGGUUCCGCGCCGAACACGCCAAGACCAACGCCGCCGGUCUCUCCGCAACGUUGGCCGCGACGGCUCUCGAACCGACAGACGCCACAACUGCCGUCUGUACCGCCGGAGUCGCAUCCCCCGAUGACGUAGCAUCGCGAGAGGCUCGGUUCGCUGUCGAGUUUGGUGGAAUAACGGAACGGAAGGAGAUCGUAGUUCGCCACGGGAUCUUCCUGCCGCCGUUACUGCGCUUUCUUAUCGCGGCGGAAUGAGUCACAAGUACUCGUCGUUACAUUUGUCAUUGCGUUAUCGGAUGCGGUCACUCGGACAGACCCUCGUCCGACAUGGAGGAGGAAAGGAGAAAGCGAGAGAGAGAGAGAGAGAGAGAGA